CCGAAGCCCCACAUAAAUCUCGCAGUGAUGGCUGCACCGCCCGAUACGGAGAGUUUGGAGUCUCGUAUCAACAGAGCCACAAACCCACUCAACAGAGACACAGACUGGAGCAGCAUCCAUGCCUUCUGUGACCAGCUCAACAAUGAUUUGGAGGGACCUCAGCUGGCUACCAGACUCCUGGCUCAUAAGAUCCAGUCUCCACAGGAGUGGGAGGCCAUGCAGGCCCUGCUGGUCCUGGAGACGUGUAUGAAAAGCUGUGGAAAAAGGUUUCACAGCGAAGUGGGCAAGUUCCGUUUUCUCAAUGAACUCAUCAAAGUAGUUUCUCCAAAGUACCUGGGCUCACGCUCACCAGAGCCAGUAAAAAAGAAGGUUUUGGAGUUGAUAUAUAGCUGGACGUUGGGGUUACCUGAUGAAGCCAAGAUCUCAGAUGCCUAUCAGAUGCUGAAGAAACAAGGUAUUAUUAAACAAGACCCAGAGCUGCCACCUGACAAACUACUGAACCUUCCUCCACCCAGACCCAAGAAUGCCAUUUUUGAGGAUGAGGAGAAGUCAAAAAUGUUGUCUCGCCUGUUGAAUAGCUCGCACCCUGAGGACCUGAAAGCUGCCAACAAACUCAUCAAGGAAAUGGUCCAAGAGGAUCAGAAGCGAGCAGAGAAGGUGUCGAAGCGGGUGAACGCCAUUCAGGAGGUGAAGGAGAGCGUCAGUCUGCUGACUCAGCUCCUGCAGGACUACGACAGCAGCACCAACAAUCAGAGCAAUGCUGAGCUCAUUCAGGACCUGUACCAGCGCUGUGAGAAAAUGAGACCUACACUGUUCAGACUGGCAAGUGAUACGGAGGACAAUGACGAAGCUCUGGCUGAGAUCCUGCAGGCCAACGACAGCCUGACUCAGGUCAUCAACCAGUACAAACAGCAGGUGAAGGGGGAGAUCGUAAAUGGCAACAACACAUUAAACACACAGAAACAAACAGGAGGAGGGACGGCGCUGCUAGAUCUGACAGGACUCGACACAUCACCACAGUCGCCUCCGUCAUUCCCAGAGUUCCCCACUCCAACAGACAGCCUCAACGCCCCCUCGCAAGAGAUGGGGAUCAGUCUCCUUGACGACGAGCUCAUGUCACUCGGUUUAAGUGAAGGAACACACACUUCAAACCCUCCGUCACAGCCUGAAGACUCCACAGCCUGGGACUCCUUCCAGUCCUCUGACAGCAUAGACGCAGACGUCCCAGCAGCACCCAGCCUCCUCCUGAGUCCAGACCCAGCCUCCAGCUCUCAGCCCCUCUCGUCUGGCUCCACCCCUGGAAACUCUGCCCUGGACGAGCUGGACCUGCUGGGGAAGACGCUGAUGCAGCAGUCCCUGCCUCCAGAGGGCCUGCAAGUCAAAUGGGACAAGCAGCAGUGCAAACCAACUCUGAGAGACCUCCAGAGCAAGUCUGGGGCCAGCAUCACCCCAAACCCCAUCCCAACCUUUGCUGCUGAACAGCCUGCACCUCUCAACUCUCAGCCCAGCCUCGCAGCGACGUUGCUGGAUAUGUCCCCGACUCACACUGAGACUCCGCCUGCAGAAGUCACCCUGACUGAUGUUUUUGUACCGCUAGAAUCCAUUAAGCCCAGUAGUCUGUUACCUGUGACUGUGUUUGAUGGACACAGUCUGCGGGUUCUCUUUCACUUUGCUCGCGACUCGCCUCCGUCUCGUCCUGAUGUGCUGGUGGUGAUCAUCUCCAUGCUGUCGUCCGCCCCUGUCCCCGUCAAAGACAUAGACUUCCAGACCACGGCUCCAAAGUCUAUGGCAGUGAAGCUGCAGCCGCCAUCAGGAACAGAGCUCCCAGCAUUCAACCCCAUCCUUCCUCCUGCUGCUGUCACACAGAUCCUGCUGCUGGCAAACCCAAACAAGGAGAAAGUGCAGCUGCAGUACAGAUUAACCUUCACCAUGGGCGAGCAGGAGCACAGCGAGAGCGGCAGUCUAGAACAGUUUCCUCCUCCAGAGACGUGGGGGAACCUAUAGCAUUUAAACACAACCACAACCUGACGGACUCUCUGCUUUCAGACUUCCUUCACCAACUGUCAAACUCAACACUCUGCAUACGCCCGUUUUUCCUUGGUAAACACAUUGUACUUUCUUUGAUUGGUAUCGAUUACUUUCCUCGGAUUACGCUCAUGCUCGGUCAGUGUCACGUGUGUAUGCUUUGCUCUAAAUGUGCGUCUAGGUCUAGUCUGCUGUGUGUGGCUGCUUCGACACAAACCUGCGACUGCUUCCCUCAGAGCUGUUGCAGACUUGUCACAUUGUUUUUAACAGACAGUUAAACACCAAAUGUGUGUGUACUUGCUCAUUUGGUGCGCCUGGUGUCAGUUAGGAUCAAUUAUCAGUUGCGUUUACCCUCACCUCUGCAUGCACUUCCAACAUGGGACACAAUGUUUGCAAAAUCCUGCACACCACGAGAGAAAGGACGUAGGCAUCACACAGACUCAGCUCAUCUUAGUUUGCAAAACAAACCUAUACUUAAUCAACGUUGUGUGGUGUGUAUUUUGUGACGGGUGAAUAUUGCUCAUGAUUUCUUUUGGAACGACAGAGUCCACUUUUUGAUUUGCACAGAAUGAUUUUUUUGAUUGUACUGUUUUCCUGUCUUUUCUCCAUCUUGUGUAAAAAAUACUGUAACAUCAGAGUUGUGUAUCAUCUGCCAUAUGUGCCUAUUUUGCAGUUCUAACAUUUAUCUUUGAGCGUGUUUGAAUGGAUUUGUUUUUCUCAUCUGUUACACACUAAGUCUGCAGUUUGUCUGAGAUACAGAUCAGCUACAUUAUAACCUUAAAUUCUUAAUAUAUUCAAAGCAUUUUCAGUAGAAUAUGAGUUGAAUUUUGACUAAUCUUUUCUUUAGCUUGUGAUUUAAGUUAAUAUUUCAGCGUUUAUUGGGGAAAAACUGAGUAUCAUGCAAACUGAGAUGACCCCCGAGUGCUCUGAGCACAGUGUUUGUCUCAAACAUGUUCAACUUGUUUCUGCAGUCUGCGAUGCAUGUCAGUCACGCUGAACACCUCCUCCUCCCCACAGGCUCUCAAUCACAUUCCGCUGCACUAAUCUCCAAUACGACUGCUUUGUAAAUACCAAUGACGGCAGUCCUGUUAUGUACAUUUGAGUUGUGCAAUGUGCAAGAGCAUAACACUGGUAAAAUAUUCCAACUGGGUAAUAAAGUUUUUUUUCUUGGU